AGCCACAGUGAACGAGACCAAGAGAGACAGAGAGAUAGAGAGAGAGAGAGCGAGUGAGAGAGCAUACAAUUUGCAUGUGGGCAUAUGUCAAUGGAAGACUGAGACUUGGCACACCUGUUGGACGGCUGUUGUUGACCGCAUUUGUAUAGAGUCGUUCUCGCCAGCAAAGUGAAUGAAAGCAAAAAUCAAUUUUGUCGUGGGAAGGAAACUUCAAAUAUGAAUACAGGAGAACAUAAGGAGCAUGCAACGUCAACGCAGCAAAAGCAACAAUCGCCAACAGCCCAGGAACAACAGCAACAACAAUACCAGCACCAGCAACAGCAGCAACAACAGCAACAGCUCCAGCAACACCAACACCAACACCAACAACAGCAACAACAAAUUAACAAAUACGAUGCCUUGGAUAGUUCUAGUAAUAAAUUAAAUCAUAAAAACAAUAACAAUAAGGCUAAGGAUAAGGAUAGAGCUAGAGACGCGUGCAAAGAUUUGUCACUCAGCUCCACUGAUGAAUCAUGCCUGACCAAACAACAGCAGCCAGCCAACAGCAGCGGCAGCAGCAGCAGCAACAACAGCAACAGCUCGCGCAAUGGAGCAACAACCUCAUCGUCCCAGCGUCGACGUCAGCUACAAUUUCAGCGGCAGAAGGAGGCGAAACUUUAUGACCACAGCGAUGAGCCGACAGCAACAGCAGCCACAGGGACAACAACAGCAACAACAACUGCCACUACGACCAGUCCAAUGGGUGGCGGAGAGUUGGUCAACUGCAUAGCCUACGAUGAUAAUACACUCAUAAUCGAGCGCAAGCCGUCGCCCACUUCGCCGGCCUCUGCCAGGCGCUAUCUGAAAGCGGAGACACCAAACCGCGGCAGUCGCAAAUACAAUCGCAAGUCGAGCACAGCCAAGAGUGAGCUGGAGGUGAUAGUUGUCAAGCCCGAGCAUCGUCAUCAGCAACGCUCGCCAACGAUAACGCUGCCGGUGCCAGCAACAUCGGCGGCAACAUCGGCAACAGCUACAACUCCAGCAGCAACAGCAGCAGCAGCAGCAUCAACAACAACAGGUCCGACUGUGCUACAACAAAGCUGCAGUCCCCGCGAGGUAAUUGCGUUCAGCGAGGAGGCCCCAGCGAGCAGCUCCAGUAGGAUUCGUGCGGCUGCCAACAAUACCGAGCUAGCGCUGAGCACGGUCACUAGCCAAAUUGUCAACAAUACGACCUAUAAGCUUGACUUCAAGCAGCGUCGACACAAAAACAACAACAACAACAAUAACAACAACGGCAGCGAAGCGAACUCGGCGAACGGCGGCAGCAAACGGCAGCGACGCAAGUCCAGCUGCAAUUCGUGCGGCGGCACCGCCAGUCAACGUCUCACGCCGGAGGAGGCGGCAACAUCAGUAGCAGCAGCAGCAGCCGCAGCAACAGCAGCAGCGCAGUCGGCGGCAGCAGCGACCACCUUGCAUGGCUUUGGUGUUGGCGACAUCAGCAGCUUUAUAGGCGACGACGACUGUGAGGAGGACGACGACGACGAUCCGAACAAUCCGGACGCAGCUGACGAGGAAUACACGCAACCAACGGCCCUCCAUACGGAGGACAUGCAGAAUAACCGAGGAGGACGACGACGGCGCUGA